AUGGCGAAUAGCGAGUUGGCCUACUUAAGUGGCAUCACCCUGGCAGGGCUGGUGAGCUAUUUCUGGAUGCUGAGAUGCUUACUGGAGCUUUGCCGCUUGCCUGGUGACAACAGUGCGCGCUAUGAGGAUGCAGCACUGAUGAUGGUCCUCUUUCUUGCUGUGAAGGUUGUGCUCCUCAUGCUGCAUAUUAUGAUGCUGCUGUUUGGAUGGUCUGGCUUGACCACCGGCUGGUUCGUCGGCGUUGGCAUUCUGGUGUGUGACGUUUGCACUAUUGUUGUGGCCUACUACGCGCGAAAGUGGACCCUUUACCGAAAGGAGUCACUUGAGGUUGCAGUACAGAAGCAGGAGAAAGACAACCGAAAGAAUGUUCUGGAGAAGUUGCCGAGACUGAUCUACGGAGACCUUCAGGUUUCAUCGCACAGCUCCGAAAGGACGCCCAGCACCGUAGAGAGCAACAUGGUCUUGCAGGACCAGUGCAUAGUUUGCUUGGGCAACUUUGAGCCUGAUGAUGAAGUGAUCCAGCUUGGCUGUGGGCAUGUGUUCCAUGAAGGCUGCAUUGCCGACUGGUUCUUGAAUGAGAAGCAUGAUCCAUGCCCGUUUCGCUGUGAGCGUGCGGGCAUGUGUGAAACGUUUGUAUCCAGAAACCGGCUGAGUGAAGAGCUUCCUGAAGAAGACCUUGAUCUUGAAGCAGCAUUGGACGGGACUGGACCCGACGCAACGGCCGAGCCGGAAGCAGGAAGACACUCUCCAGUUCGUCGUGAAUCCUUGUAG